AUGAAAUGAACCGUCCAAAGUUUUUCUCUUGAAAAUGCUCUGUUUCAUAGUUCAUAGUUCAUACUUAUUGAAAGCUCAUCUCUUCGAAAAGUUUAGGUAGAAAUUAGCGAAGUUAGCCGUAUCUCUGCUUCAGUGCUUCUAUAAUCCUAAGUAUUUAUGUUUAGGCUACGUGGCGAUCGCAUUUAAUUUGCCAGUAGACACAAUCUCUGACGUAUAGGUUGGAUUCAGGUUCUCACUUCAUUGAUCUGAUCUGAGCCAAGGAUUUCAGUGCGUCUGAUCCGAGAACUUUGCUCUUGGAUCGAGCGAGUUAAGUUAUCCCUUAAAGAAUGGCGUGGUUGGGGAAGGUCUCUCUGGGGGGCUUCCCAGAUCUAGCCGGGGCAGUGACAAAGCUUAGUGAGAGCGUGAAGAAUAUAGAGAAGAAUUUUGAUAGCGCUCUUGGUUUGGAGGAUAAGUCUGAUACGGGUGAAACUUCAGGACCAUGGUCUUCAGCAACAGACAGGAAAGCACUAUUUGAACCAGUAAUGUCAUUUAUAGGGCACAAAGUUGAAGAAAAUUUUACUGAACCUUUGGAAAAAGCUGAGUCUUCAGUCCAAGAAAAAGAAAGGACUGAGAGUGAUGCAGUCAGUCCAUCUUCCACUGAACAAAUUGUUUCUGCUAAGAAAGAAAACGAAGCACUUGAAGUCAAGGAGGAAAGCGAGCAUACACACAGUGAAGAAAGCAUGAAUAAUGUAGUUUCAGAUCCCAGGGAAACCAAAAAGGAUCCACAAUCGUUGACAAUGAGAAUGGAUGAUACCAUUACUGGGACUGCUGAAACAACAAGGGACUCCUUAAAUUCCCUCCAGAAGAAAGAAAGCUUGGAAGUGGGACUUCAUGAAGAACCACAAUUGCUCGGAACCCAGUUAAUAAUGGAUGAAGUAGAACAAGCUGAGGCAAAUGUUCUCCCUCCACCAGGGGAGUCAUCUUCUGCUAUUUAUUUGAGUGAAGGUCUGGAUGAGCAAAAGACGAAGGCAGAAGUGAUUGAUGAGGAGAGUCCUAUUGUAAAAAUUGAGUCUUUGCAUGAUCAAGAUGUUGGAGCUGAGACUGAGACCUCUAUUUCAAGUUCCACUGGUAUUGUCAAGGAUGAUGAUUCCAGGGAACCCUAUGAUAAUCAGUUGCCAAAUGCCCAGGCUCCAGAUAUGGCUUCUGAAUCUGUUUCUCAUACUGGCGAAUUACUCAGUGGCAUGGUUGAAACAAACCAACACGCUAAUAAUUUUGAGAUUGAUACUAAAGAGCAACAUUUAAACUCUAGAACCAACAUAUCAGAUACUGUAGAUUCUGUGGUUGAAAUGGAGAAGAUGAAAAUGGAAAUGAAAAUGAUGGAAGCUGCACUGCAAGGGGCUGCAAGACAAGCUCAGGCAAAAGCUGAUGAGAUUGCAAAAUUGAUGACUGAAAAUGAACAGCUAAAGGCCAUAAUUGUGGAUCUGAAGAAAAAAUCCAGUGAGUCAGAAGUUGAGUCAUUGCGAGAGGAGUACCAUCAAAGAGUAGCAACUCUUGAAAGGAAGGUUUAUGCACUUACAAAGGAGCGGGAUACACUAAGGAGAGAGCAAAAUAAAAAAAAUGAUGCUGUUGCACUUUUGAAAGAAAAAGAUGAGAUAAUCAAUCAAGUAAUGGCCGAAGGUGAAGAGCUUUCUAAAAAGCAAGCUGCUCAAGAAUCACAGAUCAGGAAAUUAAGAGCACAGAUCAGAGAGUUUGAAGAAGAAAAGAAAGGGUUGAUUACCAGACUUCAGGUAGAAGAGAACAAAGUAGAGAGUAUUAAAAGAGAUAAAGCAGCAACUGAGAAAUUACUGCAAGAAACAAUAGAAAAACACCAAGCAGAACUUUCUAGUCAAAAAGAAUAUUACAUGAAUGCUCUGAAUGAAGCCAAGGAGGCUGAAGCAUUAGCUGAGGCACGGGCCAACAAUGAAGCCAGAACUGAACUUGAGUGUCGUCUGAGAGAGGCUGAAGAACGUGAAGCUACACUUGUUCAAGCACUUGAAGAAUUAAGGCAAACUCUUACUCAGAAGGAACAUCAGGCAGUUUUUAGAGAAGACAUGCUUCGGAGGGAUAUUGAAGAUCUUCAGAAGCGUUACCAAGCAAGUGAACGCCGGUGUGAGGAGUUGAUUACACAAGUUCCUGAGUCUACUAGGCCACUUUUAAGGCAAAUUGAAGCUAUGCAGGAGACAACAGCCAGGAGAGCAGAAGCCUGGGCUGCUGUGGAGAGAUCCCUAAACUCUCGGCUCCAGGAGGCAGAGGCCAAAGCUGCAGCUGCAGAGGAAAGUGAGCGGUCUGUGAAUGAACGCUUAUCUCAAACCUUAUCUCGUACAAAUGUUCUUGAAGCACAGAUUUCAUGUCUUGGAGCAGAGCAAACACAGCUAAAUCGGUCCCUUGAAAAGGAGAGACAAAGAGCAGCUGAGAAUAGGCAGGAAUACCUUGCAGCAAAGGAGGAAGCUGACACUCUUGAAGGUCGUGUCAGUCAACUUGAAGAAGAAGUCAAGGAGCUCAAGAAGAAACACAAACAAGAGUUGCAAGAUGCACUGGCGCAGAGGGAAUUAUUACAGCAGGAGUUGGAAAGGGAGAAAACUGCUAGGUUGGACUUGGAAAGGACUACUCACAUUGAACCUUCUGCAAUAUCUGAUCAAGCUCUGACAUCAAAGCCUUGUAUUGACAAUGGAAAUGCCUCUAUGCAGAAGCUUUCUAAUGCUAGAAGCCUAGGCAGCAUGGAAGAGAGCUUCUUCCUACAAGCAUCUUUAUCUGACAGCUUUUCUGAGCAGAGACAUCUUGGUGAGACCACCACGACACCUUAUUAUUUAAAGAGCAUGACACCAAAUGCUUUUGAAUCAACACUCCGUCAGAAGGAUGGCGAACUUGCAUCAUACAUGUCUCGUUUGGCAUCCUUGGAAUCCAUUCGUGACUCUCUUGCAGAGGAAUUGGUUAAAAUGACAGCACAGAGUGAAAAAUUACGAACAGAGGCAUCUGUGCUGCCUGGCUUAUGGGCAGAGCUAGAAGCAUUAAGAAGAAGGCAUUCUAAAGCAUUGGAGUUGAUGGGUGAACGUGAUGAAGAGCUGGAAGAACUUCGAGCUGAUAUUGUGGACUUGAAGGAGAUGUAUCGAGAACAAGUAAACUUGCUUGUGAACAAGAUUCACAAAUUGAGCUCUUCUGUGGGUGCUCUUGAUCAUUGAGUUUAGCAACAGAAUUCCAUUUCAUUCUGAUCAUGUGGCUUUCACGGUUUCACCAUAUAGCUUAUCCGAUUCUUUGCUUGGGUGCUUCAUACAGUAUGAGCCAUUUUUGAUGGUUAUAUUAUUAACUGUGUUAGUGCCUUAGUGCCUUGACCUAAAGCUAGGCUUAUUGUUGUAUAGCAUUAGUGAGGAUACAGAUGAAAGAAAUGUUAAAAAUGGCAAGAGAGUUCUCUAUUAUUAGCUUGGAAAGAAAUUUUUUUAGUGAACUAACUAUUGAAAAUAUGCCUUUUUCAAGGCCUUCCUAUUAAUGUUAAUUAUCCAAUUUAAAGCUUGUAAUACUAUCAGAGAGUUGUAAUUGUAAACUGUCUCUUGUCAAUGAACUUGGUGCUCUCACCCGUUUAGGAGGAAUAUUGCUUUGUAAAGGCAAGACCUUUAAUAUAAUUAAUUAUUGGUUUCAAGCCAUCUCUCGCUAUGUAUCCACAAUUGACAUAUUCUCAAUGGAUCAGCAGCUCUUCUCUGCGUAUACCAGAGUACGGUAAGCCCAUGCAAAAGAAAUUAGAAGGCCUCAAUUGCAGAAUUUGCAGCUUCCAUUUUCCCCGGGUUACUGGUUUAUGAAACCGAGUAAUGGGAAAGAUGGACAGAUAGCAGGACCAACUGACUAUAGGGAUCUAGAAUCCCUUUUUUCUUGGUAGCAGGUAACGACGUUGGGUUUGAGACUUCGAUAGUUGAGGUGACAAGCUUAUAGGCGGAGCUGGGUUGAAGAUUUAACCACCAAUACCAGGCAGUUGCUUCUUUGCGUGUAGAGAUAAUUCUUAUGUUUGUAACUUUGUACUACAAUUUCAUUUGCAUUCGUACAAAUGCAUUAGAAUGCCAAAGAGAAGAAUGCAAAUUCUGGCUCA